CAGUCCGACACGAGUCACGAGGCCCUCUCCUGCUCGGCUGCUCUCCACGACUCGCGCGCAGUCCGACACGCUGACUUCAGCCGACCGCCUCCGCCGCCCUCCGGCCUCCCUCAGACGCCCUCCUUCCGGGCCUCCGUUUUCUCGGGAUCGGCCCUGCCUAAGAGAAAUCAAUCCAUCAACAACUUCAUGUUUCCCACUCAAGAAGUUAGGACGAAGUCGAACUCAUCUUUUCUAAGAGCAAAUAUUCCAACUAGUUCUACUCCUAAAAAUUGUAUCUCCUCACCAAGGACCACUAGUGAGGUUCCAACACGAGGACCAUGCAAACAGAUUAAGACUUCACGUAUGGUGCGGACCACAAGACAAAGACUUAAAGUUGUAUACAAUAGAGUGACUAGACGUGCAACUAGUGCGAAGAUGCAUAGUCUACUGGUUCAUGACAUUGGAGCUAUUGUGAGGACACAUUGCCCAAUGGAUACAGGGUAUUGGAGUACGAUUUCUUCUAACUCGAGGACUGACCUCAUAGAUGAAAUAACUACAAACUUUGAUGUGGAUCUACAAGAGAAGGAAAUGAAAGAUUAUAUCUCCGGGCUUUAUGUUGGAAGGUACAUAGAGUUCAAGGCUGAACUGAGUAGAUAUUUCAAGUCAUGCAAAACACUUGACAACGCACUCAAAACACCCCCUCCAGGGAUGCAAGAUAGAAGUCCAGAUGAGUGGACCAAGUUGUGCAAUCAUUUCAUUUCUGAAAAAUUUAUGAAAUCCUCCACAGCAAACACAAGCAACCGUUCUAAGAAAAAACACAAUCACCGCACAGGUUCUCGUCCCAUUGCAUACAUUGUAGAGGAAAUGGCAGCGUUCUAAAUUUCCAGAAGUUGACACAUUUGAAUAUACCUACACUGGAAAAUAUAAGUCUUGGAAGAGUGGCGAAGCUAAGGCUCAACAUGAUGAAAUGCUAGAAAAAACAGAUGAAUAUCUCUUGGAUGUGAUAAGAGAGAAGCAACUUCCUGAGGAUACUCCUUUAGAAGAGGUACAUGUUGAUAAUCCGGAUGCAGGACUUGAUAUUAUGGUUUCCGUUCUAGGUGUAAUGCCCGGGCGGUGAAUUCGUGGAUUAGGAGAUUGGCGUCUUCGGGAUACCAAUUUAAAACAAAAGCAUAUGGAGAAUGAGUUAGCCGUUGAACGUGCUGCAAGAAAAGCUGCUGACAUGGCUCGGUUAGAGACAUAGAAAAGGUUACAUAAAAAAUUGAAGGUUAUGGGAAAUCAGUUCAACUCAACACUGGAGGCAUGGCACACUUCUCUACAACAGUCGUAUAGUAAUGUUCCGGGCUUCAUUCUACCACCUUUUACGGCAUUAUCAGUUGAUGUUGAUGAUGAGCUUGAAGAUGAAUCAUAUGAUCUUGAUUAGGAUAAUCUUGGCCAGGAGUGGUUAUUUUGGUGAUAUUAGAUUACUUUAUUGUAAACUAACUCAAUACUUUUUAAGAUGUUACUUUUGUGUUUCAUUAUGAAAGAAUGAAGAUCAGAGCAUCUAAUGUUUUGUUGUGUACCUGCUACUUCAUAUAUGUGUGUAUGUAUAUAUAUAUAUUGGUCUAGUCAUUCUAUUAAAAUAUAUGUACUUGUUGGUGCAAGAA